AUGGCAACAGGGCGACAAUAUGACCCUGAUCUUGCCAGACCCUCUUGCCAUCAAAAUCAUCUUGUGCCAAGUGCAACAGACUCAUUAGAAGAUCUUUUGCGUAAUGACCAUUUUACACAUGGCCGUGUUCCGGAAGCAAAUCCGUUGGGAUCGGUCAAUAUUGAUGCUGAGGAUGACACUGGAUCUCAACCUAUCCAAGAGAUGACCUCGCAACCACUCGCUCCAAUAGAUCCAUCUGAUCUUCCCCUGCCUUUAUCUAGACCACCAUCAAACCAAAGUCCACGCCAAGAAGAACAAAUACUUGAUCCAGCACAGCUUGUUCCUCAUGCAUUAGAAGGAACGAGUCCGCCAUCAUACGGAGAAAUUAUUAAGAAUGCCGAAAAGGUGCUGGAACAUAUCAAAAACGGCAGCGUCGGUAAAGACUCCCGCCACGAGGAGACUUCAAUCACCUACUACGACUGUUUCGAUAACAUCAUAUCCGAUCCAAGAUACAUCAGUGAUUCAGAAGAUAUCGCAGCCCUGUGUCAACCUUCAGAAGAUGUGCAGCAAAGGCUCAUAUUUGUGGAAGAUCUUUCAAAACCGACGAUAGCCAAACUGGGUGAAGCCUUCAGCAUCAAUCCAGAGUUCUUCGAAGAGCAUUUACUGAAUUCUGGCUAUGCCGGUGGAAAAUAUGACAGCCCACCGGCUCGAAACUGGAGCACAGCAUCGUUUGAUAAAUCCCACAUGUCAUUCAGGUGGAUUCGGCCAGUUUAUCGACUUCCAACCUACUUCUCAAGUGGCGACCUUGAAGAUCUGCUCGAGGACAGCACAACACAUUUUACAAAAGGGAAGUCUGUUAGGACAAAAAUCCUCACCAACAUAUUCCGGCUAGAGUGGGGCUUGUGGACAGACCCUGCAAAAACAGUUAGGAUGAAAAGGGUGUGUGGGUUAGAGGAGAGAGUGUCAAUUUGGAGGAAGAAGCUCAUUGAUCAAAAUGCUGAGAUUGUAAUUGUUCUCCUUGACCCUUUGCCGGAGAUAUCUGAGACGCAUCAAUACUGGGCGUCGACUGGUUCCCAGGGGGAGAACGAAAAGAACAACGACGACGAUGACGAUGCGUCGUACCACUCCUCCAUAAUCGAAGAGGAACCACAACGUGUCAGGGACCAACAUUCCAUUGCUACGUCUUUGGGCUGGCUCAUUGGCAGAGAAAGGCGAAAAAGCUCCAAAUCCGAGACGGAUCCUGAAGUACUGAAGACAAUUAUCAUCGAACAAAUAGCCCCUCGCCAAGAAGUCUCAGUUGACCUAGACCGAGUGUUUCGGACAUCACAGUCCAUGGCAGAUUGGGAGAACAAACUCAGGGAGACUAAGUCAACCAAAGCAGAAAUCUGUGGCGCGCUUGAAAUGCACCGGACAUCACUUAACCUGGUCAACCCGGUCUUCCGAAUCAUCAAACAAGAUACUUUGACCCUUCUCAAUCAGCUGCGACAGAUUCUUGACGAAAUAGAUAUCGAAAUUCUGGAUGACACAAAGAUGGAGGAUCGAUUGGGCUUAUGGCGACAGAUCAUUAACCGUGCCCAGAGAGAGCUCCCAGAGCUGAGAUCCUCAAUGGAGCCUUUUAUUGAGUUCCUUAUCAACCUCCAUCCUCUAAGCUCUCCCACGGAAAUUGCAGCCAUGAGUUUAGAGGUUGCGCAAGAUAUUCAGGAGCUUUGGAAGAAUAUCGAUCAUAUUAUUGAUCGACUUCAAAGAACAUCAGCAUCCUUGACCUCCAAUAUGGGCCUGUUGGACAGCCGACGCUCAAUUGAGGAGGCUCAUGCUGUAGCAAGACUAACUGAACUCGCGUUCAUUUUUGUCCCGAUGUCCUUCGCGGCCUCUGUUUUUGGUAUGCAAAUCGAACCAUUUGCAAACCCUGUUCCUAUCAGCGACUUCUUUAUUGUGGCUAUUGUCGUGACAGCAUUUGCCUAUCUGAUGCGCAUGACUAUGCGCAGCGAUUGGUUGAUUGAUCUCAAAGCAGCCGUGAAAAAUGAUGUCAGGCGAUACGCCGCAAGGAAUGGUCAAGCCCUGCAACCUCGAUCGCUUCCGAUACCCCUGAUCUUUCAGUCAAUAGCAAGCCGACUGGGUGCCAUUAUUGCCAAGACUUGUAAAAGGGCAGCGAAAGGAAUCUGUUCAAUAGCAAAGAAGUUCUGGGCUGUGUUCGGUUUCAUCAUUGCCUUCGUUUUGUUGAUUGGUGUGGCCUCGGUAAUACCACUUUCUGUCCUCUGGACCUGCGAGCUUGAUUCCAAUAUCCAGGAUGCUGCCAGCAUCGGUAUUGUUUUCAUUGUUAUAGCCACUGUUGGCGUUCCAUUCUGGUUCAGAUCCAAACCGAAGUUUCGAAACGCAUUACCAGAUCUUGUCAUGCAUAGAGUGCGUCACGCACCUUUGUGGCUUAGAAUGACAUCGAUCUACCUGAUCUUGAGCGCAACAUUCAUUGUGGUGCCUUUGACACUUAUCUGGACACGCCCGCUCGCUAUUGGCAUUAAGCAUGGGCUGACCAUAUAUCGUGGUGGCCUUGAUGUUCAUUUGUAUCCUAAGCCUAUCGACAUUCCCUGGAUGGCGUAA